AUGGCUGCCAAUACGAGGGCACUUUCGCGCAGUACCCUUCGCAGGGUAUCUGCACCCUCCCUCUCAUCAUACAAAACCUCACCGUUGCCAGCCAGACUUCCUGCCAUUCAACAGCAACUCCGAAGUUUCCAUCCGACCCUCUCUGCGCUCCAACAAUCACAAACUUCCGCGAAAGAAUCAGAGACGCCGUCAAAGGAAAAAAGCUCGACAGAUUCUGACCCAAAAGAAGAUGUAAAGAACGGUGAAAGCGAGAAAGACAAGGGUCAAGAGAAGGAUGGUGCCGAGGAAGGAGAGGAAAAUGGUGAAAAGAAGAAGCAGAAGCAGAAGGAGGAUCUGCCACCUCCACCCACCCAUGGCGACAAGACGCCCUGGCAAGUUUUCAUGGAGACCAUGCAGACCGAGUUCAAACAGUCCAAGGAGUGGAAUGAGUCUACCAAAGCUAUCGCUGCCUCCGCGCAACACAUGGCCGAGAGUGAGUCGGUUCGACGCGCGCGUCAGGCUUACGAGGCAACCUCGGGCGUCGUUUCCAACACGGCCGGGACAGUUAUAAAGGGCACAGCCAGUGCUAUCGGCAAGGGAGCAUCGUGGACUUGGGAGACGCCCGUCAUGAAGGGCGUUCGCAAGGCUGCCAACGUCACCGGUGGAGCACUAGACGAGGCCACAAAGCCGAUACGGGAGACCGAGGCUUACAAAAACGUCAAGGAUGUUAUAGAUGAUGGCAGCAGCUCCAGGUAUGGUGGGUGGGUGGACAAGGAGGAGCGGAGGCGUCGGAGGGAGGCUCGGCUGAAGAAGAAUCCAGCAGAAGCCGGCCCGGUCAUGCAGGAGGACCCUGAAGCCGGUACAAACGUCACACUACACAAGGACGCGGCAUGGAAGGAGGCAUGGCGGGACUUCCGUGACUCCAACAAGUUCGUCCAGGGAGUCUUUGGCAUGAAAGAGGUCUACCAGGAGUCGGAAAACCCUUUGAUUUCUACUGCCAGGAGCAUCACCGACCGUGUCGCCGGUUUCUUCGCAGAGAACGAGACGGCCAUGGUGAUCAAAAAAUUGCGCCAGAUGGAUCCCGCAUUUCAACUAGAGCCCUUCCUGAACGACCUCAGAGAGUACAUACUGCCCGAAGUGCUCGAUGCCUACGUCAAGGGCGACGUUGAGACGCUCAAGCUGUGGCUUUCAGAAGCGCAAUUUUCUGUUUAUGAGGCACUCACCAAGCAGUAUCUCCAGAUGGGAAUGAAAUCAGACGGGAAAAUCGUCGAUAUCCGCGGCGUGGAUAUCCUCAAGGCCCGACUACUGGAACCUGGCGACAUUCCUGUCUUCAUCAUCACAUGCAGGACACAGGAGGUCCACGUGUAUCGUAAUGCCAAGUCGGGCGAGCUGGCCGCAGGCAUGGAGGACCGUGUUCAGCUUGUCACUUAUGCCAUUGGUAUCACUCGCAUGCCUGAAGAUGUCAACAACCCAGAGACUAGAGGGUGGCGCCUGAUUGAGAUGCAGAAGAGCGCCCGCGACUACAUUUAA